AUGAUCUUUAGAGCAAACGCCACAGAAGUGCACGAGCUAGAUCACUGCGGAGUUUGUCUGAAAUUCAACUUGAGGAGAAGAGUGCCAUUAUUUGAGGAAAAGCAAGAAAAGACCUUGUUGUCUCUUUCAGAAUUUACUUUGCAUCGAGACUUUAUUUCUGCUUAUAAAGUUAUGACAUUUAUCAAACAACAUAAUUUGCUCUAUAAAACGCUUAACGACGAUGACACAGAACAAGUACGUCAGUUUUUCGAAACUGAGCUUAGCCGACCCUCAUAUCGAGUGAGUGCAAAGGUUAUGCGGCUAAUGCAUGAAGCAUUCAAUAAGUGCUGGGAGAGAGUGAUUGACGUAUGUGAAAAAGCUGAUUUUACGAAUGAAGCAAAAGCUUGUUUCCUCGAUGUGAUGCUUAUCUUUCCCGACUUGAUCCCAGAGUUUUGGGGUGGUCGCCACAUAGGUUUGGCCUUCUAAAU